UUAUGUGCCGCAGAGAUCCAACUCGUGACCAUUGAGGUCAAUCAGAUUGAACUUAGCAGGUGGCUUGAUUUCAAAUGUUUGUAAUCUAGGGAGUGUAAGAGCCUCUUUGCAGUCAGCCUUGUACAGAAAUAACGACUUUGGCAAAACACUAAAGAAAAUUUUAGAAAUAUCACUGCGCUUUAAGUCUUCAGAUUGGACAUGUGGUACGACUCAUUCAGUGACAGCGAGCCCUUUGAGCUCUCUCAAGUAAACUUGACUACUUCAUAUCAGCCUCAUUUCCAGUUCUGCGCUUGGUUCAAUAAUGAUUCAACAGAACAUGAGGACAACUCACUUACACUUGGGCCUUACUUGAGCAAUUAUCCAAACGAAGAGCAAACAUCCUUUACAACUCAACAGCAACAACUGGAUUUAAACACAAAUUUAAGCUGCAGUCCCGAGAAAAAGAGUGAGAUUGUUACCAAAAUUCAGAAUUUUCGUUCCGAAAAUGUGAUACUAGACGAGGACAUCGAAGAACAAAAGCGUCGAAACAGUUUACUUCUGCAGCGUAUUAAGGAAGCGCAGGAACAGUUGAACACGGUCCAGCAAACCACCGCCAACCUUUACAACGAAUGCCAGUCCGUGGAUGAAAAAUGCGAAAGAUUCUCCAAGCAGCUCGACGAGGAGACAAGGGAAUUGACCGAGGCCGUGGAAAAAAAGAGAAGAAACAUUUCAGAGAUAAAAGUUGAUGCUGAGUUGGUGGCGACUCUUCGAGAGGAGAAAGACAGAUCUUUUUCGGAAAUCGCGCGUCUCCGUGAUGACCUCAUGGAUGCUGAAAUUGACGUUGAUAAUCUGACGAUGAAAUUCCAGUAUGCACUUGGAAAAAUGGUGAUAUUUCCCUUCUGGAGGCUGGAAGAAGAAAUUGAUAAAGUUCUUCAAAGCUGUGGCGUAAGUUCUGCUGUUGAAGAGAGCAGUAGCAAGCAAGUUGUCGGUGUUGGUAAUGGACUCUACCAUCAUGAAAAGUCUGCCUCAGGUUCCAAUGAAAACUCAGAGAGAAGCUCUGUAGAGAACUCAGAUGGAAACUCAGAAGAGGAAACUGCAGAAAUCUUGGCGGAAAGUUCAAGUGAUUUGCAUCGGUGCUCCAAAGAGAGCUUAAAAGAUGACUCUGGAGAAAGCUUAUGCACCGAUGACAGCUCAGAUACAUCACAAAUAACCGUCAUAAAAGUAAACAUGAUGAGGGAGGGUGAUCGCUCAGUCGGCAGAAGUUCAUCAGUGGACAAAACUAUCUCAACCCAGUCCACUUUUCCUUCUGCCCAUGAAGGUUGCGUGAAAACUUGCUGCGAAUUUGCCGAUAAUUUUUCACUUUCUCACGAAGAUGCACCAAAGAAACCGCCCAAGAAGAGCCGCAAAUCCAGUCGCUUGGCUUUUAAGUCACGGUUCUUGCGUUGUGUCCCAAAACGAAAUGAGGACAAAUGAACUUCAAUACAGUUUUGUCAAAGAUGAUCUAAUUAUACUUUAAUCUUUCACUUUAAAUAUUUCAGUGUUCAAAGCAAGUGUGGAGGUGUUUCAGAAAGGAGUUUGUAUACUUACCUUACACUUUUAAAAAAUAAAUUUUAUUAUGUUUACUUCAAACUCGCGAACUUUUAAUUUCUACCAAUUUACAAAUCUACACAAGCAUCACAGCUAAACAAAUAAAUAUGAUUCACUCGAGACAGGCGCGUUUUCUUUUGACCUAAGGAAACUAUUUAAAAUAUACAACCUAUCUACAAUCAAUGCGAAUUUGGUUUUCCGGUUCUUUAAAACAAUCUUGGCAACACUUCAAUUUCUAUAACACAGACUCUGACAUAAAACUUUGACAUAAAAAGUGUCGUUUUCUCGAAAGUCCCAGCAACUAAAAGUGUCGGUUGUCACAUACAAAAAAGGAAAAAAAUCAUACUCACUCCCAACUGUACUCAGGCUAACAGCACGGUGCAUAAACAGAUCUGGAGCUGUUUCUCGAAAGCCCCAGCAACGAAAUAUAAUAUCUCAAUUUUAUAUCGGUGUCAGAACUUCAAAAACGUGUCCAUAACGCUUUCUGAUAUCAGUGUUGUUUGAAUUUCAAAACUAUUAAUAAAUCAAUUGUUAACGUGACCACGGCAGAAAAAGAAAAAGUUUCUCGGGAUCGAUAUCUACCGGAACGUUUGAGAAACGGACCCCUGGCCACGAUUGAGCAACAGCGAAAGUCACUUUCAAAUAAAGCAGUUUUCAAUUGAGUGUGAGAACUAAUCCAGUUUGCUUUGGUUUUGCUUUACUUCGGUCUGUGAUUGGUCAACCAAUCUGACUCAUAACAAAAACCAAUCGCUGCCUGGUCACU